AUGGUGAAUGGUCAGUUCAAGGCAGAGACUUUGUUCGAUUUGAUGAAGCAUCACUUCGAAACCGAAGAGGGUAAACAACUUUGCAAGAAAGUUAAUCUCGUUUACCAGAUCAAUCUCGCACCCAAGUUUAAGGUUGAAGCUCAUCUUCAUGUUUCAAAUGUUCAAGUUAUUUAUCUAGUCACAGGGAAGCCUUGUAAAGUUGGGAUUAAGUAUCUUGAAGAUGGAACCAAAGUAAGAGUAUCCAGAGGCCUGGGUGCAUCAGGAUCCAUUAUUCCUCAUCCUGAGAUAUUGAAGAUAAGGACUACGCCAAGGCCUAUAGUUGCUGGUCCAAAGGAUACUCCAAUGGAUGUUGUGAUGGAGAAGACUUAUGAUGCAAAAAUAGGGCGAGGCAUGCCUGAACUUUGAAAGACCUGUAUUCUUAUAUAGUUUUGUCAUGGAAUGGAACCAGGGUAAAGAUAUUGCAGAAAAGUGGCUAUCUCAAAUCUCAGUUGUCGCCAAGUGACAAAGAAAAUAUCCAAAUUUGUACUCUGCUUCCUUUAUACCUAUUAUUUAGUUGAUGUUCUAGACAAGUGAAUAAUCAAAUUGCUUAUUUGGUGUCUGACCUUUUUUAGUUCAA